AUGUCAUUCAACGCCUUCUUCCACCCCUUCUUCCAAAUCCUCGACGACCCCUUCCCCUCCCCCCGUCCACGCCAACUCGCACAAUCCCCUUCUCGUCAAACACCAACCAACAGCCUCAACAACUCCGAACCCUUCCUCUUCGAGGGCCCCACGCGUCGUCUGCGCAGCCCCGCCGUCGAGAUCAACGAGGAAGGAGACCAUUAUGUCGUCGAGGCGGAGUUGCCGGGUGUGAGGAAGGAGGAUGUGGAUGUGAGGAUUGGGGAUGCGGGGAGGAGUCUGACGAUUGAGGGGAGGUCGGUUAGGAGGUUUGGGAGGGGGGUUGAGGGACAAGGACAGGAUGCGAGUUCUACUCCUUCGAAGGACGGUGCUCGAGGCACCACAGACACCAACACCAACACCAACACCGUCGCCACCAAACCCACCGAGGCCGACCAACAAAUCUCUACUAAUAAGGCUCUCAACGAUUUCGUCGGGACAAGCCGUUCUGCGUUCUCACGUACCGUCUGGCUUCCGCGCCCGGUGGACGCGAAGAACGUGCAGGCGAAUUUGGACCAUGGGGUGCUUACGCUGAGGAUCCCGAAGGCGGCGGAGGGGACGACGAAGAUUCCGAUUUUGUGAACGAUUAUUCGUAUUGGCCGGGAGUCCUAAGAGCGUGUAGAGGUGGCUUCUGAGCUCGUUGCUAGCGGUACGAGAAAGAAAUACGACGUUGUUUUUGUGUGUAGGAUAGUCGAUGUCUUUUGUUUGUUGUCUAUUAGCUGUCAGUCCCCUGCUCUGCUUCACCGUACGGACCAUACUUAAAGUUACUGUACCACACUUGUCACUGUGUCAUCACCGAUAUAGCAUCAGUCGAGUUGGACUCCUGUAUAUACCCCAAACUCAUACACAGCUUUCUGCCUCGGAAUCUAC